AAAAUGAAUAUUAUGUGUAAAAAUAUUAUUUUUAAACCAAGAUACAACAAUCUCAACAUUUCUAGUUUCCAAAAAGUUUUGCUUACAUUACCAAGAUUAUUUUGCUCCAAAAAACCCCAAAGCGAACCAGUACUUUUGGACCCAACCAAUAAAAUAGCAGUAGUAACUGGAGGAACUGGCGACAUAGGAGUUUCAAUUGCAAGCGAACUGCUAAAAAAUAAUGUUCAAAAAGUUGCACUUCUCGAUUUAAAUCCCGAUAUCGGACUAAAAGCUAUUAAUGAACUUACUUGCGUUCAUGGUUGCGAUAAAGUAGUUUUUUUGAAAUGCGAUGUUAGCCUACCAAACUGUGUAAAAGAUGCCUUUAAGACAGUUUCAAGAGAAUAUGGUAACUUUGAUAUACUAGUUAAUGCAGCUGGCUAUUGGAAUGAAAAGGAUUGGGAGGGUCAAAUAGAAUCAAACUUGUUUGGUAUAAUCACAACAAACAUUUUUGCCACCUUUUUCAUGAACCCAAACGGCAUCAUAAUCAACGUUUCCGGUUCCGGUUUCGAAGGGAUUUCCCACUCCCCCAUAUUAUCAGCCAGUUUUUCUGGAAUCGUGUCAGCUUCAAGGUGUUUUGGCCACAAAGACAACACGUGCAAAUCCAAAAUACGCGUCACCUGUCUGUGCCUUGGCAUAACAAAAACCAAAUUCAUCAUGGAGGCCGAGAAGAGACAGUUGACGAAAGGCAUGUCGAGCGAUUUGGAGGUGUUUUUGAAGUCACAGCCCACACAGACUACGGAACCGCUUAAGGUUUCCGUAAUACACCUGAUCAAGUACGCCCAAACGGGAACGGUUUGGGUGGCUGACGAUUACAAGCUUUAUACCCUAGAAUUUCCAAAUUGGAAGACAUAUGCUACAAUGGAAGCUCGGUUUAUGUAGUUCAUUAGUAUACUCGUACAAUAAUGUAGUUUUAUGCCCAUAACCAUAUUUAAUAAAAUGUGCAUA